GUGUCGGCUCCUUCUGCCCAGUGCUCAUGCUCAAGCUGCAGGAUCAAGCCAGGCACCGAAACUGCCAGCAUGGCAGCAAAACACUUCUACCGACAGGGCUUUUUAUUACUUUUAUUCAAUUUUAUCUCCACCGCAGCCUUGGAGAAAAGGUUCUCCGACUUUAAAAGAUGCGCCGAUGAGGAGUGUAGCAUGCUCCUGGUUCGGGGAAAAGCUUUAAAGGACUUCUUUGGACCUGACUGUCGGUUCCUGACAGUGAAGAAGUCAGAGACUAUCUAUGUAUACUAUAAAUUGUCUGGAAGAAGGGCUGACAUAUGGGCAGGAAGUGUUGGAAGUAACUUUGGGUACUUCCCAAUGGAUAUUCUUGCAGUGAACCAUGUUUAUACUGAAAAAGAAAUAGAAGUUCCAGCAGAGGAAACAGAUUUUGUCUGUUUUGACACUGGAUUUGAUAAGUUUGAUAAUUAUGAUGUAGAUUUACUGUUAAGAUCUUCAUUAGAGGAGAAUGAUGAUGAAAAACAAGGAACUUCAGACCAAACUGAGACAGGAACUGAGCAUCAUAAAGACUCAGAGGACCUCCAUGAUGAAGCCCCUAAUGAUCAAAGUGCCUCUUCACAUGAACUCAACAUGACAUCUGAAUCAGAAGUAGGAGAGUCCGAUACAGAUACACCGGAUGCUCCUGAAAGAGACGCAGAUCACACUGAAGAACACACAGUUAUUACAACUGAAGUGCCAGAGAUGAGUGAAACCAAAGACACAGCCACGCAAACCGAGGUUGAUUCUGCAUCCAAAGAUGAUUUGGUUUCAGAAAAAGUUUCAGUUUCUGAAGAACAUCAGAUCCCUGACUUAAAAACCACCUUUGGAGCUUCUUUUGAUGCAGUCGUGUCUGAGGAUGAAAACACCAAGAGAGUGACCCCAUAUCUUGAAGAGGAGGAAGGUGAAGAUGUGAGAAAUCCUCCUGAAGAUGACUUUGAUCUUAAAGAAGAAACUCCUCUGCUGUCUUACACUGAGGAGAUGGAAAACAUUCCAGCAGAUAAUUUGAAGAAAGUAUCUGAAGGAGUGCAAAUACCUGAAUUAAAAACUACUCUUGGAUCAACUUUUGAUGUUGUCGUCUCUCAAGAAGAAAUCACAACUAAGGUUAGCCCAUAUGAGGAGGAAGAGGAGGAGGAGGCAGAGGAAAGGGAAAGUGAAGAGAUACCUCCCAAAGAUGAUGUUGAUCUUGAAGAAGACACUCCACUACUGUCGUACUCAGAAGAGCCAGUAAACACUCCAGAAUCUGAUUCACCCAGAACAUCAGAGGGUGUGCAGAUCCCUGAUUUAAAAACUACCUUUGGAUCGACGUAUGAUGCCACUGUCUCUGAUGAUGAAAUCACUAGAAAAGUUUCUCCUAAUGAAGAGGAGGAAAGCGAAACAGCUGAGAAUCUUCCUGAAGAUGACGUGGAUGUUAAAGAAACUCCACUGCUGCCGUUCUCUGAAGAAACUCCAGGUUCUUAUUCAGAUAAAAUAUCUGAAGGGGUGCAGAUCCCUGCUUUAAAGACUACACAUGGAGCCACUAUUGAUGCUGUCAUCUCUGAUGAUGAAAUCACUAAAAAAGUAACCCCAUAUGAGGAGGAAGAAAGCGAACAUAUGGAAGAUGUAGAUGAGGAAGUUGAAGAAGACACUCCACUGCUGUCUUUCACUGAAGAAGCAGAAGACACUCCGCCUUACACGGACAAAAUUUCUGAAGGAAUGCAAAUCCCUAAUUUAAAAACAAGCUAUGGAACAACUUUUGAUGCUGUCGUGUCAGACGAGGAGAUAACCAGGAAAACUACUCCAUAUGAAGAGGAAGAAAGUGAAAAUGUCCAACAUCCUCCCACAGAUCACAGACAAGAUAAAGAAGGAACUCCACUGCUGUCUCUCUCAGAUGAAUCCUUGAACUCUCCAUCAUCUGACUCCCUCAAAGAGGAGAAGAACAUUUGGACAACAUUUGGAGAUGCUGUUUUUUCUGUUGUCACUGGGGGGGAGAGGACAGCACAGGAUUUUGGUUCAGAGGAAGAUGACGACGAUGAAGAUGAUGAUGAGAAGGAAGAGGCUGCUCCAAAUGCCUCUGAUAUAUUUGCUAAAGCAAAGCAAGACAUCGAGGAAGACUUUCAUGAGGUUCUUCAAGAUCUGCCUAUUGCAGUACAAUCAGACGAACAUGGCGGUGACGGCGAUGGAGAAGUGGUAGGACCUGAGGAAACCUUAAAACCAACAAAAGAGGCAAUACAGCAUCAAGCAGACGCAAUUACAACUCCAGACCAAGGCAAAUCUGCUAUUCCCGAGGCAACAAAUGAACCAUUUGAGCCCAAAGAGGAAGAGAAGGGGGUCGGUACUGGUCAGACAGGUGUACACCACAGUGUUGCAAUGGAGCAAAGUGAAGAUUUGGAAAAAGAACUGGCCAAAAACAAAAUGGCAACUAACCAAGAAUUAGCUCAUUCUGAAACUGAAAGGACUCAGCAACAAUCCAUGGAAGAAAUUCAGUCAAAAAAUUCAGACAUUCAGGAGAGUGAAAAGAUGGUGCAUGACAGCAUACCUUAUCAGAAACACACACAUCUUAUGUCGGAUUUAAAGAGUAAUACCAGCCAAGCAGAAUUUUGGCCAUAUUUACAACCAGAACUUCAAGAGGAACCCCUCAAAGAGGAGCUAGAAGAUGCAGAGACUGCAGUGGAGAAAGAAGAACUACUUGAAGAUGAAAAUGCACUAUCUCUAUCACAAUCUGAAAAUAUAGACUCUGAAAAAUAUCCACCAAAAGAAGCUGAUCCUGAUAUGUUGACUCCAGAGCCAGAGUACAGUGAUAGUGUGUUGAGACUGACUCUGAUUCGAGAACACUUCACAGAGGACAAAAUGGAGAGGGUCUUAAAGCUGCUUGGUCUCAAGAAUCUCUUCAAAGUUGAGGCUAUGUUUUCUGACUUGGACACAGAAAUGAAGGCCACCCGUUUCUCACACACAACUGCUGCACAAGACAUUGAGAGUGCGCUCGAGGGAAUCUUGGAAGCUUCUGAGAACACCAUCCUGGAUGAGAUCGAGAAGAUGCUAGACUCAAAACACAACCAUGAGCCAAAUAUGGAGGAAAGUAAUUUGGAUGAGGAGACGGAAAUACUGGAUGACUUCCAGGAACUCGCAUUCAGUCUACGACAGAAAUAUUCAACAGCCAGUGACAGCACGCCUUUGGCAACAGAAAAAGAACCAGAAUUGAUUGAGCCUGAACAUGAGUCAAAUGCAAAACCUGACAUGUCUAAAGAUGAAGAAGACCGGACAAGCAGUGUCCCUCUGGCUGAAAGCGAUGACAACCUCACAGCAACAGAUCAUGAAAAAAGGACAGUGGAGACUAAGGAAGAGCAGGUAUUUUGGGAUGAGCAGCCCAGUGGACCAGAUGUCAACAUGAGGGAAGAUGGUGGACACUUCAAUAAAAACAAAGACAAUCAGCCAAGCUUCAGCACAUCAGAGGACUUGCAGAGAGUCCCUCAGGAUACCCUGGAAAAUCCUCUGGAAAUGGGGCUCGGGGUUGAGGUUGAUCACACAUCCUCUGGUUCUUCGGGCUCUUUGGAAUCCAUGGAUCCAGUUCCUGAAAGCCAUGUUGAAGAAGUGGGAUUAUUGUCUACUGGAAUAGUUUACAUGGGCUGCAUCCUUUCAAUGAUGAAAACUAAAUUUUCUGAGUGGACGAUUGUGAUGAUUUCACUACUACCAGAGGAGUGGAAGCCUGGGGAAACCUUGUAUGGCUUUCCUUGGCAGGCUGUUGCUGUCACGGCUUUGGUUGGAGUAAUGACCUUCACCCUCUUCUUCUGGAGGACCGUGUUGGCAGUUAAGAAAAGACAGUACCUUGUGGAUGAGAAAAAGCUGUCAGAACAAAUUCAGGCUCUCAAAAAGGAGAGGGAGGAUGCACUCAAAAAAAUGUCUGAACUUCAGAAACAGACUGAACAUCUGAAAGAAAAAGAAAAACAGUCCAAGGAAGAAGUUAGUCAUACAGUGAAAAGAAUUGAAGACCUGGAGAGCAAGGUGUUGGAGGCAGAAACACGAAAUAAAAAAAUAGCUGAGGAAAAGAACAAAUACACCAAACUCCUCCAAGAGGAGAGGGCCAGUUCUCAGCAGAAUGAAACCAGGAUCGAAAAACUGGAGAAGUCAAAUGAGAAGCUGCAGCUCAGCAGGAAAAAGAUUCAGGACACACUUGCUAAGACAACUGUGCUUCUGGAUGAGGCAAAGAUUCGAGAAGAUGCCCGAAACGUCCAUCAGAAAAGUCUGGAGAAAGAUUUUGCAGCAUUAAAAGAAGAAAAUAAAACGCUCAAAGCAAACAUUAAAGACUGGGAGGAAAAACAUAAGGAGCUGAACGAGCAGAUUAAAGUUUACCAAAAGUCCCAGAAAGAGCUGGAGGACUCCGUGGUGCUCAAAGAUCACAACGUAGAGGUGCUGUCUGAUCUCCUGGCGGACCUGGAUGCUUGUGACUCACAGAAAGGCGAAACCAAAGUCUUAGCCAAUGGCGAAGUUGCACCUGACAAGAAGACAGCCAUCAAGAACAGGAUCAAACAGAUGAUGGAUGUUUCUCGGGUCCAGACUACUCUCUCUGUGGUUGAAGAAGAGCGUGACCGCUUCAUGACCAAACUUCUGAAUGAGGAGAAGAGUAGAAAGUCAUUGGAGGAACAACACAGGGAGCUGGAGCACGCAAUCGCUACCCUAAAAAGCGAGAAGAGCCACGUUGAAAACCAGUUCAAGAUCCUUCAGCAGAAAAAUGAAAUCAUGGUUGAAAUGUAUCAGCAGAAGGAGAACGCUCUGCAGCAGAGAUUAACAAAAGAGGAACUGGAGCGACGCAACAAAGAGAGCAUGCUAUCUGAGGUGGGAGGAAAAGCCGUGGAGGCUGAGGAGCAGGUUAAGGUCUUGAGGCAACGAAUUAAUGAGAUGGAGGAGCAGAUGAAGAAGACGGAGGAAGUUUAUAAAGAACAGAUUAAAGAACAGGAAAACAAAACACAUUCUAACUGGGUAAAUGCUCGUAAUGCAGAGCGAGCACUGAAUCAAGAGAAGCUUGAAGCAUCAAAGCUUCGGGAAAAACUUGCUGUGCUGACCUCUCAGCUGAACGAGCGCCGUGCUCCUCUCUUUAGACCAAACUCUGGCCAACCUGCAGGCCCUCGCCAAGGUGAUUCAUAUGGCCCCUCUCCUGUGAGUGGGGGUGCCCCAUCCCCUCCAAUUAUGAUAGAGGGUCCAAGGCGCCCUCCCUCUGCCCCAGUGGGGCGAAGAAUUGACCCGUAUGGCCCUCGACCGCCAUCAGACCCACACGGUCGUUACGCUGAAAACAAACACAUCUCUGGGAUGGACAUGGGGCCCCGCAGCUCCUCGCCCGCCAACCUGGACGGAUCUUCACAGGCAGUAGAGCCACAGAUUAAAGCAGAGACAGAGACAAAGGCUGAGGCCUCCACAGACAGUCCAGAGCCUGGCCCUGGAUCCUUCUUCGCAUCCCCCAUCAGGGACUCACCAGGCCCUGUUGUCCAGGGACCGCCACCCGGACCCCAUGACCAGAUCCCCCCUCCUGGACCCCAUGGCCGUCUGCCUCCUCCAGGGCCUUACAGACCUCCACGUCCUGGCCCCGGACCCUACCAUCUCCCACCAGGACCUCUUCCUCCUAAUGUCCCUCCUUCUCUUCAUGGGCAUCCACUAUCAGCCAAUGGACACCCAGGCAUGCCUUUGCCUGGACCAAUGGGAGGAGAGUUUGGGCCUAGGCCCACCAAUGGACAUGCAUUCCUCCCAAGGCCAGGCCCUGGACCUGUCAUUGAUCCUCGGGGUCCCCCGCCACCACACUUCCGUCCCCCUCCACCUCAUCACUUUGGACCGAUGCCUCCACCACAUGGUAUCCGUGGACCCAUGGGACCACGUCCACCCAUGCCUCUUCCUGACAUGCGCUUCCCUGGCCCACGUGACUUCCCGCCAAUGAACCUGCCUCCAGGUGCUCCUCCCCAUCCUGGUGACGCUUACAGCCAGGCUCCGCCCGAUGCCCUCCAGAACUCAGCGGGAGCCCACAGUGGCCCUGCACAGGGCCUGCAUGUGAAGCAGGAGGCCCCUCAGGACUCAGGGAGGCCAGCAAUGGUCAAGCCUUAAAAAUGCCUGCAGCUGCAGCAGAGGACUUGAACUUAACAUGAAUUCAUUAACAUCCAGAUCCAGUCCAAACAUAGGUCAUGAUUAUUUUCAUACUUCAGUUUAAAAUAAAAACUGCAAUGAUGUUAAAAAAGAAACAUGGUCCUUAAAUUAAAGCACCAUCAACAAUUAUGUCAGAAAGUGAUGAGAAUUUAAAGGGUUGCCACUUUUAAACAGCUUAUUGUGCAAUAACAACUCAUUUUACGCCAGAGGAUUUUUUUUUUUUGUUGAUCUUUGAAAAUAUAUAUAGCAAUGAUUUUUAAGGGGCAAAUUUUUUAAUGUCAUUUCCUGUGGAAAUUAUUUUAAAAAAAGAGAAAAAGGAGGGAGAUUUAGCUUCAGACAUUUCAGGAAUACCAUCAUUUCCCAAAGCUGUUGCUUAAGAACGGAGUGUAAAACAAAAAUGUGUAGUUUGAUGGCCAGAUGUAUAACUUAUUUUACUAUGUUGGUAGAUCUUUUAAUAAUAAAGAAUGUAAAAGCUGUCAGUGUUAUGUUAUCAGAUGGUCAUGGUUCCACACAAGCUCUGUAAAGUUUAAACUUUUUUACCCCUUUGCUUUGAUUAAAAAAGUAAGGCAUGCAACUGUGCUCUUGCUGAGAUGCACACUUCUACAUGACUUCUGUUAUUACCGAGUCAUUG